GGGAGAAUAUACAAACUCCACACAGUUAGGGCCAUGAUGGGAAUCAAAUCCAUAACCUAAGUCCUGUGAGGCAGUAAUGCUAACCACUACACCAUCCGUGCUGCCCGUAGCUGCAGUUUACAUUGGAUGCACCUAAUUAAAAAAAAAAUGAAAAAAAAAAGCAAACUGCUGCUGCAGAACCUCUAUACUGCAUCUAGCUUGCAAUACUCCUCAUCAGCAGUGUGACAAAAAAAAAAUGAAAGAGGUUCUGCAGCAGCUGCACUGUUUCUGUUGCAAUCAGUGUGCCUGUACUGAGCUCUGCAGUGCUGACUGGAUGAAGAAGUUUGUCCAGUUGUUCCAGUUCCCCCAGUAUAGUACAGUCGGUGUGGAAUCCUUAUAGCUCAGGCAGCGUUAUUGGGAAAGCUUGCAGCCUGCUUCUGCUGUCUACCACAAGAGCUUGCAAUCAGGAGGCUGUAAGGUUGUUGUCAGGCACAGUCUAGAAGGCUGGAUACUAUAAAUCCAAGGUAGCUCCCAAUCAGAGAGCUGUGAGAGGGCAGAGCCAGCCCUGCCCAAAGCCUGUGUGACUGUCACAUAUUCCCUGUGUGCUGAGUGUGUGUCUGUCCUCUGGGGAGAUCCUGCUCAGUAUCAGCGGCAGCAGCUACAGCAUGUCUACAGACACAGGUGGAGGGCUGCCAGCUUCGGACCUGAAGACUUCUCUUGACGAAUGUAUGAUUGCACUGGACAUGUUCUUAAACAAUAACUUCCAGGAGGCUCUCUGCUUCCUCCAAGCCAAGUCCAAGGAGAGCAUGUACCAUGCACUCACUUAUGCCACCAUGCUGGAAAUGCAAGCCAUGAUGACCUUUGACCCUCAUGACAUAAUGAAUGCUGGAAACACCAUGAAAGAGGCGCAGGCCGUCUGUCAGAGGUUCAGGAAGAAAUCUACAGUCGCAGACUCUUUCAACACUUUAGUCCGUGGCCAAAGUCUUGAUCAGUUCACUGAAGAAGAGAUCCACGCAGAGGUGUGCUAUGCGGAGUGUCUUCUUCAGAGAGCAGCCCUUACGUUCCUGCAGGAUGAGAACAUGGUCAGUUUUAUCAAAGGUGGAAUCAAGGUCAGAAACAGCUAUCAGACAUACAAGGAACUGGAUAGUCUUCAGAAAUGUGCAAAUUACGUGAAGGGGGACAGUCACUGUCACUUCGAAGGUGGAGUGAAGUUGGGUGUUGGAGCAUUUAAUCUGACAUUAUCUAUGUUGCCCACCAGGAUUUUGCGGCUCUUGGAGUUUGUCGGCUUCUCCGGUAACAAGGAUUACGGCCUAACGCAGCUUCAUGAGGGGACAGCAGCUCACAGUUUCCGAGCCUUGCUCUGCACUCUGCUGCUCCUAUGUUACCACACGUUCCUGAGCUUUGUGCUGGGCACAGGCAAAGGGAACAUUGAGGAAGCAGAAAAUUUGCUACAACCAUAUCUAAAGCGCUAUCCUAAGGGGGCCAUAUUCCUGUUUUUCGCUGGAAGAAUCGAAGAAAUUAAAGGAAACAUUGACAAUGCCAUCCAGCGGUUUGAGGAGUGUUGUGAGGCGCAGCAGAACUGGAAGCAGUUCCAUCACAUGUGCUACUGGCAGCUGAUGUGGUGCUUCACCUACAAGCAGCAGUGGAAGAUGGCCUAUUUCUAUGCUGACCUCCUGAGCAAGGAAAGCUCAUGGUCAAAGGCGACAUAUGUGUACAUGAAAGCGGCCUGCCUCAGCAUGUUUGGAGAACAAGACUCAAAACCAUUUGAGGACAAUGAAGUACAACUUUUUAGGCAGGUGCCAAGUUUAAAAGUUAAAAUAGCUGGGAAAUCGCUUCCAACAGAGAAAUUUGCUAUAAGAAAAUCUCGGCGAUAUCUGCCUCAAAAUCCUAUCCCUUUGCCGGUCCCCCCUUUGGAGAUGAUGUAUAUCUGGAACGGCUAUGCAGUGAUUGGAAAGCAGCGUGAUCUCACCGAGGCCAUGCUAAUGACUUUGACGCUGGCAGAGGAGGCUCUGGAAGGAGCUGCAGCCUCCGAAUUCCUAGUGGAUGAUCAGUGUCUGGUGAAGCUGCUCAAAGGCCUUUGCUUCAAGUACUUGGACCGAAUUUCUGAGGCAGAAGAGUGCUUCAAAUACAUUCCCGCAAAUGAGAAGAAGAUAAAAUAUGAUGAAUACCUGGUGCCCAAUGCAUGGCUGGAGCUGGCUCUGUUGUAUCUGCAGCUGGGCAGGAGGCAGGAGGCCAUAAAACUACUUGAAAAUGCAAAGCACAAUUACAAGAACUACUCCAUGGAGUCCCGCACGCAUUUCAGGAUUCAGGAUGCUUUACUACAAGCCAAAUCCGUCCCUCACAAUGGCUGCUGACGACCGUCCCUCAGGAAUAUCCCAUUAGUAUUUAUUUAUCAGAAGCUGCACCUCCGCACUGCCAUAGGGGACGCAGCAGAAGGACAAUGGUGGUUUCUAUAAAUUAUUUGUCCAAAUGUGAUUUCUACGGGGUAUGUUGUAGCCAAGAAUUCAUCAGCAUUUUCUCGUUCAACUAUUCCACAUUUUAUUUAAAAUUCAUGAGGUAAUUGUGUCUAGGAAUGCAGGCACCACAGGAUAUGCGGAGUCAGGGUGCUUAACGGCACCUUAAUCUGGGUUAUACGGAUUUCUUUCUACUGUGUUUCCACACUACAGUCAGAGAGGCAGAGGGUUUGAAGCAAAGCGCUUACAUGCAGUUGUGCAUUUCUAAAGAUAAAUAUGAUUGAAUACCCCCCCUAUAAUGUGAAGUAGGGCAGCAGAGAUUCACUUUUGAAAAUUGCCACUAGAUGGUGCUAGAUUAACCUUUCAUAGUGGGAUUUAAGAUACUGUAUGUCCAGACAGCUUGGUAGGAGAGGGGGAUUAGAGGAGCGGUCUUGUCGGGUGGGAGGGGGUUCAGACUGUACUUAAAGCGAUUUGAUGUUUCAGUCAUGCACCUAAUAUGCCAUAACAUCUGCCUUUAGUUGGAUUGUAGUAGGUUCUAUUAAAUAAAAACACACUUACAUUCCCACUGCUAGUACAGGCAUACAGUAAACAUUUCCUUGAUCCUGAAUAUAGUACGUUGUGAGGUAAUAAAUGAAUAAUAAUGUCUUGUCUGGAUGUAACACUAGGCAGAGAAUCCGCAGAUGUGAUCGUAUCCUCUGUGAUGUAUCUAAUGCACGGGUGGGCAUUAAGCGGCCCUCCAGCUGCUGCUUAACCAUCCCAGCAUGCUUGGAUGCAGUUUUAACAUGCCCUGAUAGCGGAACUGUGGCAGUGCUCAAUGGCUCCGAAACGGGUCGGGGGGUGCCCUAAGUACCCGGGCCCAGGUCUGAUGGAGAAGCCCAGUGAGGGUCCAGGUCCGCCCCCCUCCUAACCCGGCAGCAGCAGCUCUUCUCCUCAGUCUGGCCAUGGAGGUGCUUAAAGUACUAUUUUUUUCUGUAUGUUUCUUCUAAGGGUGCAUGGCCACGCUUCCUGGGAUUAGGCCACACACCCUGAAAAAUAGCUGGACCCAGCCAGGCUCUCGAGUGCCCUGGCAGUGCUUUCUGGGAUGGGUAGCCACACAACAGCUGGAUGGUGUGCACAUUAGUGUGCAGUUGCAUCUCACUUUAUAGUAGGCAGCAGGAGAUUGCUUUAUAACUGCAAUCACUAUAGGAUGAAGCGUUCAGAACGGGUGGUCUUCAGUAUGCCGGCUGUCGGGAUCCCGGCGC